AUGGUUUUUACAACCCCCAUCGGCCGAAGGAUCGUCUAUAGAUUAAGGCUCGAAUUCCCUUUCACUAACAAUAUAAUCGAAUACGAGGCAGUAAUACAUGCCCUCCGAGUCAUCAUCGCGUUGGGCAUCCAUAAUGUGCGUCUCACAAGCGAUUCACAACUCAUUAUCCGGAAAAUAGAUGGAACGUACCAAGCCUCGGAUCUAUGUCUGCAGCGAUACCUUCAACUCGCUAAGCACUAUAUCGAGCAGAUACCAAACAUCACGUUCCGCCACUUAAACCGAAUCAACAACAGAUAUGCUGAUACCUUAGCAUUCAUAGCUUCCAUGACAGUUAGCCCUGAAGCUACCAAUGUCAGAAUCGAAAAAGUUCUACUCUCCUCCAUUCCAUUGGAAGGAAACAUGGACAUCCUCGUUGUCGACUCAGUAGCCCAGGAGGAAAGUCUGCCAGAGGAUGACUGGAGGACGCCCAUCAUCAAGUAUCUAUCUAACGGAUACCUCCCCAACGAUCAAUUAAUCGCACACAAGAUAAUAUCAAGGUCUGGGAACUACCAACUCCGGGAUGGAAACCAUAGUGGAGGACGAUCCCUCGCUCAUAAAGCAAGAUUACAGGGGUAUUUUUGGCCUCGCAUGAACGAGGACUCGAAGCAAAUGGCAAAAAUUUGCAUAGAGUGCCAAAAAUUUGGCAAAAGAAGACAUGCACCUUCAAUGGACUUAAAGUCCGUCCUAAGUCCCUGGCCAUUCGACAAAUGGGGGGUGGAUAUUGUCGGACCCCUAAGAGCCGGUACUGGACAACGGAAGUAUUUAAUCUUGGCCACAGACUACUUCAUUAAAUGGGUGGAGGCCUCAUCUUUAAGACACAUAAGAGACCAUGAUAUCUUUAAAUUUCUCUUCGAGCAUAUUAUAUGCCGCUUCGGUAUCCCGGCCGCUAUUGUAUCUGAUAACGAGGCACAACCCCAAGGUAAAAACAUCGAUCUUCUCUUUAAUUGUUUCAAGAUCAGAAAAAACAAAUCUAUGCCAAUCUAUGCUGAGAGCAAUGGCCAGGCAGAGGCCACAAACAAAACUAUCGCCGACAUCCUCAAGAAGAGACUUGACGGAUAUGAAGCUAGUUGGUGUGAACAACUACACAACGUCCUAUGGGCCUAUCGAACCACAAAAAUGGAAGCCACAUGA